GCGCCGUCGAGGAUCACGUGACUAACUGUAUAUAAUCUCGCUGCAGCUCAGCCGGCGUCAGUACAGCCAAGAACACAGACGAGAGACAUAGUGCAAGCAUACAUUAAACAUCAAAAGUUCGUACAUCAUCCAGAUCUUCGUGAAAACCCUCACUGGGAAGACCAUCACUCUUGAAGUAGAACCUUCAGACACCAUUGAAAAUGUCAAGGCAAAAAUUCAGGAUAAGGAAGGCAUCCCCCCAGACCAGCAGAGGUUGAUCUUUGCUGGUAAGCAGCUAGAGGAUGGCCGAACACUUUCCGACUACAAUAUCCAGAAGGAAUCUACACUACAUCUUGUUCUCCGUCUUCGUGGUGGUAUGCAGAUUUUCGUCAAAACCCUCACUGGUAAGACCAUCACACUUGAGGUUGAACCUUCAGAUACAAUUGAAAAUGUGAAGGCCAAGAUCCAAGACAAAGAAGGUAUUCCCCCAGACCAGCAGAGGUUGAUCUUUGCUGGUAAGCAGUUGGAGGAUGGUCGCACUCUUUCUGACUACAACAUCCAGAAGGAAUCUACACUUCAUCUCGUUCUCAGACUGCGAGGAGGUAUGCAAAUAUUCGUCAAAACCCUCACAGGAAAGACUAUCACCCUAGAAGUUGAACCUUCAGACACCAUUGAGAAUGUUAAGGCUAAGAUCCAGGAUAAGGAAGGCAUCCCCCCAGACCAGCAGAGGUUGAUCUUUGCUGGUAAGCAGCUAGAGGAUGGCCGAACACUUUCCGACUACAAUAUCCAGAAGGAAUCUACACUACAUCUUGUUCUCCGUCUUCGUGGUGGUAUGCAGAUUUUCGUCAAAACCCUCACUGGUAAGACCAUCACACUUGAGGUUGAACCUUCAGAUACAAUUGAAAAUGUGAAGGCCAAGAUCCAAGACAAGGAAGGUAUCCCCCCAGACCAGCAGAGAUUGAUCUUUGCUGGGAAGCAGUUGGAGGAUGGUCGUACACUUUCUGACUACAACAUCCAGAAGGAAUCUACACUCCACUUGGUACUGCGUCUUAGAGGAGGUAUGCAGAUCUUUGUGAAAACCCUUACAGGAAAGACCAUUACCCUAGAAGUUGAACCUUCAGACACCAUUGAGAAUGUUAAGGCCAAGAUCCAAGACAAGGAAGGUAUCCCUCCAGACCAGCAGAGAUUGAUCUUUGCUGGUAAGCAGUUGGAGGAUGGUCGCACUCUUUCUGACUACAACAUCCAGAAGGAGUCUACACUUCAUCUUGUUCUCAGACUGCGAGGAGGUAUGCAAAUAUUCGUCAAAACUCUCACAGGCAAGACUAUCACCCUAGAAGUUGAACCUUCAGACACCAUUGAGAAUGUUAAGGCCAAGAUCCAAGACAAGGAAGGUAUCCCUCCAGACCAGCAGAGAUUGAUCUUUGCUGGUAAGCAGUUGGAGGAUGGUCGUACACUUUCUGACUACAACAUUCAGAAAGAGUCCACACUUCACUUGGUACUUCGUCUCCGUGGAGGUAUGCAAAUCUUCGUCAAAACUCUCACUGGCAAGACCAUCACACUUGAGGUAGAGCCUUCAGACACCAUUGAAAAUGUGAAGGCCAAGAUCCAAGACAAGGAAGGUAUCCCCCCAGACCAGCAGAGAUUGAUCUUUGCUGGUAAGCAGUUGGAGGAUGGUCGUACACUUUCUGACUACAACAUUCAGAAAGAGUCCACACUUCACUUGGUACUUCGUCUCCGUGGAGGUAUGCAAAUCUUCGUCAAAACUCUCACAGGCAAAACUAUCACCCUAGAAGUCGAGCCUUCAGAUACCAUUGAGAAUGUUAAGGCCAAGAUCCAAGACAAGGAAGGUAUUCCCCCAGACCAGCAGAGAUUGAUCUUUGCUGGUAAGCAGUUGGAGGAUGGUCGUACACUUUCUGACUACAACAUCCAGAAAGAAUCUACACUACAUUUGGUUCUCAGGCUUCGUGGUGGUCAGUAAAGUAUUCCGGAUGAAAUGUUCAAAUUUCCUUUAAUUUCUUAAAACUACGCUUAUGGCAUAGCUGUUUGCACAUUAGCCGAUUCCUUUAAUAUGUAGAUGGAAGAGAUUUAAUUUCUUUUGCACAUGGAUAUUAUUUUUUACUUUUUAUAAUGUGCUAGCCGAACCAAAUAAACACUAUUAAGAUUA